CAGCCUAUCCAUGGUUAAAAGAUGAAUCCUACCUUCCAAUGUACAAGAGCCCAGGCUACUCAGCGGCAUCAGGACGUAAGGGAUCCUCCAUUGUCGAAGCAAUGGAAAUACUAGGAGAGCAAGGGCGAUGGAGGAAGUUUGAUGCUGUGAUGAAGCGCGUGAUGGAAAAAAUGGCCGAUCCAGAUGUGUCGAUUUUGGUUACGUUUGAGGCCAUAGUUGCGUCGUACUACCGAUGUGAGUUUGCGAAAGCAGCCGAACUCCUCCAGAAAGCGUUCGACUUGAUACCACAGACGAAGUGCCCUAUCGAGCACCAGGCGCACACCCUCUACACCAUGUCUGCAAUAAAGCGUAGAGAGGGGAAACAUCAGGAGUCUGACCACGCUAUACACCUUGCCAUGCAGGUUAUCCGCCACGUGGAGCCGGGCAGAAACGCCGGUGAAGUGUUCUACAACUGUGCCUGCCUGCUUGCCCAGGUGAACAGUGGAUCCACAAAACGCGACAACAAGACCUUCAUAGAUGCCAAGCAGAACUUCCUUUUGGCCAUCGACCACUUCCAACGAGGGAUUCAAGGGCGAGUCUACACCGUGUCUUGUGGCAACAAACUGCGCAAGGCGUUCAUUCGACUGGCCAUGCUGCUCCUGGACUGUUCAGUUGACGCGAAGAACGUCGGACGCCCCAUAUCAGAGGAUGACCUGAGAAUGGCCGCGAAUUGUCUUACCAAAGUUGAAUCGGAUCUCUGGGAAGGAAUCACCCUUCGUGCCAGGUGUUUCUGGUUGAUGGCAACAGCUGUCCUAUCAUAUAGGCUACAGCAGUUCUCCAGAGCUACCGACUGUGCGCGGACUGCCUACGACAUUGCAACUAGCUUGGCCUUUCAACCAGAAGUCCAGUUCGCCCACAACCUGAUGACUAUGCUGUCCUACGCCACACACACACCGCAACCAGGACAGGAGUUCCUGACAUUGGAGUACUAGGUAGCUGAACACUAUAGUACUAAAGGGUUAAUGCCCCGCCCCGAGGUGUAUAUGGUGAGAUAAUCCCUGUUCAUGUGCGAUAACCACAUAAUAAACCACCAAGUGAGCGUAGUUUAUGAGGGAUCGGUUAUUCUAAUAUUCAUUAUUUCAGGUGCACUAAUGAAGAAUGUAGUAUCACGUAGACUCUUAUAUCAUUGUACAGUGAAGCUCUUUUUCAUCCAUGGUGUUUGUAUUUGCAAUUAGCCCUCGGGCAUAUGCAUUUGCAAAAAACGUUCUUAAACUUUCUAUGUUUACCUAUGAUAUAUUACCCAAGCAAAUCACAAGUGUAUGUGUUUUAGCCACGUAUUUAAUAUUGCAAUGCAGUUUUUUUUGUUAUAGCAUUUCUUACUUGCAAUGGAACCAAAUGGAUAAACAUGAACUGGAGAGACUACACCAUGUACAUGUAUCUCACCUGGGGAUUAAUUGCAAUGCUGUUCUGUUCCGCUAGUCAGCGUUAGUAGUACUAGUAAGUUCCAUACAGUUCACUGAAGAAAUAGAAUAUGGUAGCUCUGGUGUACAUACUUCCACAAUAAACAAACUGUAGCAAGCAAUGGGCUACACGUAACAAGCAAUAGUACUAGUAGCAAUAGUAAGAUUCAUUCUAAACCUUGCCAUCCUACUGUAUGCCUAUCAAAUUAUGUUAUAGUGUUAGGCAAACGUUUCAGCGUUUAUUUACCGCAACGUCUAUAUCACAUAAGCUUAAUAUGAGGUGGUUGUAAGCUGCGUUAAAGAAUUGUAUAUUAUGUAUAUCGAGUAGUGAGAUUUAUUUAAUAGCUUACUGGCCCCUAACGGAAGUAAAAAGCAAGUG